AUGUCGAGACCGUCGCAUCGGACGCGCUCGCCGCGGCUAUUCACGACGGCGAAUCCCCUCCUCCUCCCCCUCAUUCUUGUAAUCGCGCUCUCUGCCUCCUAUCUCGUGGGCUCGACUUCUGCCGCCGCCCCUCCGCCCGUCGGCUCACCGGGGAGCGGCAAUUCUGACACGUAUGCGUUCGCGGAGAUGGUGGAUGGGGACUCACGCGGAGUCAUCUACCUGCGCCUCUCCUUCGACACCAUCACCACCACCAUCCAAGCGACCUACAAGAUCUUCGCUGCUCUCCCCGCCGGCCCGCCCGUCUACAUCACCCUAGCAAACACAACCAUCCCAGGCUGCGACCCGUCCAGGUGCAGCCUCCCCCCUGCCGCGCCCACGUGGGCCCAGCCCGUGCCGUCCGUGUGGCAGGCAAUCGGCACGUUCACCAGCAGCGCUGUCACCGACCCCGAGCGCUACGCUGCGCUGCUGCAGCUGAUAGACAACUCGUCUGCGUUUCCCGGGGUGGUCAUGGCGUACGGGAGUAACACCCAGUCUGGGUUGCACUCUGCAGUGGGGCAGUUCCGGGUUGACACCAAUCUGAAAUUCUUGGAAGUCGGGCCGGUCCCCGUUUCUGUGCCCAACCCCAACUACGUGGUUCGCUUCCGCUCCUACAUGCCUGGCGGCGCCAACCUCACCUUCACCCAGUCGGCGGACGGGCUGUCCUUCCGAGUCGACGUCGUAUUUGUCGUGGUGGUGCCCACCGAUGAGCCCUUCACCUCCGCCCUCCGAGUCUACCUGCAAGAUUCUGCCCCAGCCCCGAACGGAACAUGUGACUACACCUGCCCGUCUGUGUUCGUGGUGCACGGUACAAACGAGUGGAACUACAGCUGGUUCACGCCCGAGGUGCGGGCGACAAUCAGCGAGUUCAAUGCCCUCACGGCGCUCAUGCAGUAUGCGGUUACCGGGGUUAAGGGGCGGCUGGUGAAUGCGAGCAUGAGGAUCGUCUCCAUUGACAUGCCUAACGGGCCUGUAGACCUCCUUGAACGAGUUUGA